AUGUCCUUACAGGUCAAGAUGAACCGCAUGCGUCUUCGCAUCGCUGAGCGUCUAAAGCAGUCCCAGAACACUGCUGCCUCGCUUACCACCUUCAACGAGGUCGACAUGUCAUCUAUCAUGGAAUUCCGCAAGCUCUACAAGGAUGAGAUCCUGAAGAACAAGGGUGUCAAGCUCGGCUUCAUGUCCGCCUUCUCGCGCGCCUGCAUCCUUGCCAUGCGUGAUGUGCCUGCCGUGAACGCCUCGAUUGAAGGCCCUAAUGGAGGUGACACCAUUGUGUACCGCGACUACGUCGACAUUUCCGUUGCCGUUGCGACCGAGAAGGGUCUUGUCACGCCUGUUGUCCGGAAUGCCGAGAGCCUGGACAUGGUUGGCAUCGAGGGCGCUAUCGCCGAGCUCGGCAAGAAGGCGCGCGACAACAAGCUCACCAUUGAGGACAUGGCUGGUGGUACAUUCACCAUCUCGAAUGGUGGCGUUUUCGGCAGCUUGAUGGGCACCCCGAUCAUCAACCUGCCACAGACUGCUGUUUUGGGUCUGCAUGCAAUCAAGGACAAGCCAGUCGCCAUCAACGGCAAGGUCGAAAUCAGGCCGAUGAUGUACUUGGCCCUUACCUACGACCACAGGCUGCUUGACGGUCGGGAGGCCGUGACCUUCUUGGUCAAGAUCAAGGAGUAUAUUGAGGACCCCAGGAAGAUGCUUUUGUAGAUGCUGCGUGGGCGUGAAAAUACCGUGUAAAGUUUUUGUUCAUUUAAUCAUAGAUGAGCGGGCAGUGGCAGUGGGUUAUUGUACAUGUGUGGAACACGACGGGCUUCUUUUGGCUUGGGAAUCAAAGCGCGUGGUGUAUGAUAGGUAGCCGAUUGCAUAUUGAGCGUUUCUCGUCAUGACUGGUGUAUCAAAUAAAGCAGUGUGUCUGAUUA